AUGCGAUCGGCGACCGUUUUAGACAGAUUUGAAUUCAGAACUGCCGUACUCUCUACGAAUGAAGCCAUAGCACAAGCUCGAUCUACACGGAGACUCUGUGGUUGCGAGGGUCCCCACCGCACAGCGCACGAGACAUUCUGGGAAUGUCGUAUUUGUUCUCAUACUUCAUGCCAGAAGCAUCCACUAAAUACUGAACUCAGAGGCAUACGACAAUCCUACCUUUCCACAGCAGCACCUCCCAGACGAACCGUCACAUCCUCGAAAGACAAACAAUGGAAAUACUUGACAGAUCGCCAAAGAGACCAGAUUGAUGCAGAGACGAAACAGUUACUGCGGGACCUGAACGCCCGCAUUCGGAUGUUGUCAGACGCAGAGUUGGUACGGCAGAACACCGAACAAACAAUACGGAAAAAGAAGUAUGCAAGAUUAGGUCUGGGAUCUCUAGGAAAAUGGGCUGCCGGUGGAAUUGGGCAAAGCAAGACACUAGAAGAGCAGCUCGACGAGGCAAAGGCGAAUGCAAUUUCGAUGCAUAGAGAAAACGUGCCUGAUGAUAAUAGUACGCUGGGAGUUGUAUCACGAACCCGAUCUGGGCGUUUGGCAUUUCCUCAGAUCAAAUACAAAACGAUUGUAGAGCGGGAUGACGCACAGGAGUACGAAUCAGCCAAAAAAGCUUGUGAAGAGGUCAUUAAUGCCCUCGUGAUCAGAACUAUGGUUGAAGGCUGCCCUGUUUGCAAGAAAUAUCCGCGCUACCGCCCUUUUACAGAUGCACGGAGACGAGAAAAUCGUGACCUUAACAAUAUAAAGCCCUUCUAA